AUGGCGAGUGAUACACCCUCAAUGAGUGCCAGUAAACGCGCAUCAGCAAAUUCUGGUCUGCGAAACAGCCAGACAGCACGACCUGUUUCUCCUCAUACACCUCAGCCACGUUCGGGAAACCCCUCAUUCGCCAGCAGCACAUCACCAAGCUCCUCCUUUCGAAGCGAAGACGAUGCGAUCAUAUUUGAGAUAGGCGCACGAUGGCUCCGCGCAGGCUUUGAAGGAAGCAGUACGCCUAUGUGUGUGGUUGGAUUUGGACCUGAAGACUCGAGGAGAGUCGGGGACUAUCGAGGAUGGAUCCAGGGCAGCACCGGUGCUGCAAGGCUACCGCAACCCAUCGAUGUGGAAGAGUGGACACGGAUAUACGAACUUUGGCGGCCAGAUUCUCGAGAGGUGGAUCUAGGCCUGGUCGAGGAUAAGAUCGAGCGCGCGUUUCGAGAGACAUACAACCAGUUCCUGUUGACGGAUGCAGGCACAUCUCGCCUGGUUCUUGUCCUACCGUCCCUCAUGCCACAUCCAUUGCUGUCGUCGUUGCUGUCGACGCUCUUCAGUCGAUGGCGUUUUCCCAGUGUCACCCUUCUGUCCAGUGCGACCAUGUCGGCCACUGCUGCGGGAUUGCGAUCAGCUAUGGUGGUUGACAUAGGCUGGGCCGAGACCACGGCAACAGCGAUCUACGAAUACCGAGAGAUGACUACAAAGAGAACCACACGGUCUAUGAAGCAUUUGAUGCAGGAAAUGGGGCUGCUUCUUACUGGCUUGGCUUCCGACGGGAACCAGCAUGUUGACACUGCGGGUAAGAUUUCAGUUGGAUUCUCGUACUGUGAAGAAGUCGUCAGUCGGUUUGCCUGGUGCAAACCACAGGGAGAAGAAGAUAAAAACCCAGAUGAACCCGACCGAAAAUUAUCGAUUCCCUCGCCUGCAAACCCCGAGGAAGAAUAUAUGGACGUACCAUUUUCACGUCUCGCCGAACCUGUCGAGAAGGUCUUGUUGGCAGCAGGUGUCCCAGAAUAUGAAUUGGAUGACGAAGAAAAAUCAUUGCCGUUGCUUGUCUAUAACACCCUUCUCUCGCUGUACCCCGAUGCACGAGGAACAUGCAUGUCCCGCAUUGUUUUUGUAGGCGGCGGUUCUCGGAUUCCUGGAUUACGGGAGCGGGUUCUUAAAGAAGUCUCACUCUUGAUUGAUCGUCAUGGAUGGAGUCCAGUUCGAGGCAAAGCACUCGAGCGACAGAGACAGCGGUUGGAACAGCUGAGACUUUCAGCAAAAGCUCCCACAGAACCCGAAACCCCCAAGGAGGAAGAGGAAGCACCAUCCACCGGCGAGGCACCAGCCGACCCCUCGAAGGAAGUACCUGAGAUCGAUUUCGUGGAACAAAAGCUUCGCCGACAAAAUAAAGAUAUCCCAAUUCCUAUUCAAGGAGUCUUGCGCGAAGUUGAAUCUCUUGGUCCAUGGGCUGGUGCAAGCCUGACAACUAGUCUGAAAAUCCGCGGAAUGGUAGAAAUCGAACGCGAAAAGUUCUUACAGCAUGGACUCGCUGGAGCUACACGAGACAUUGACCAUCCUGUUCCUGAUCGUCGGUCGGGCUUGAAAUCUGGUGAUCGAUCGAGUUGGACGCUCGCAGGCUGGGCAUGA